GAGGCCGUCUCACAUCCUCACGCAGGCUGCACGCAUGCGCAUGCAUGCUGGCCGAUGCGCCGGUCGCCGCACCUAGAUUCGUCGCCCAGAAACGACGAUCGGAUUUGAGGUGCUAGUUUAGUGAUCGGCCGGUGAGGAUGGUGAACACGACGGCGGCGUCCAUGGCGAGCGGCGGUAUGCUGCCGCUUGCGUCUCUGAACCACAUCAGCGUCGUCUGCAGGUCGGUGGAGGAGUCGCUCGAUUUCUACAUGAACGUUCUCGGCUUCGUCCCAAUCCGCCGCCCCGGAUCUUUCAACUUCAACGGCGCAUGGUUGUUCAAUUAUGGGAUUGGCAUCCACCUGUUGCAAUCGGAGGACCCCAAAAGUUUGCACGAGAAAACGGAGAUCAACCCCAAGGAUAACCACAUCUCUUUCCAGUGCGAGAGUAUGGUGGCGGUGGAGCGGCGUCUAAAGGAGCUAGGGAUCUCAUACAUCCAGCGGUGCGUGGAGGAGGGUGGCAUCUACGUCGACCAGAUCUUCUUCCACGACCCCGAUGGCUUCAUGAUCGAGAUUUGCAACUGCGACAACCUUCCUGUUGUCCCGCUAGCCGACCACACGUUCACCAUGGCCACAUGCAAGAGGGCUGCAACAGCAGCGGUACAAGCUCCUCCUCUUCAAGCGACGGUAACAGCAGCGGCAGCGCAGUGCGUCUCGUCGGUCAGCAAGACGAUGCAGCUCGUCAGCGGCGAGGAGGCGUCGCACAUCUCCUGCGUGUAAGAUGGAAAGUGUAGCGUGUGAGUGUCCAUGGGUAGCUAGCUUUGCCGAAACGAUGAUGUGCGCCGUGUGGGGCGGUGCUUGAUUCGCCUGGCGCUUGUAUCUUAGCUUGUGUUGAUCCAGUGAGAUCGUCGAGGUGCUUCGAGUGUCACGGCACCCUCUAAAAAAAUGCAAUUCUCUUACUAAAAACUAUCUAUAUCUCGCUGGAUA